AUGGGAAACGUCUUGCUGGAACGAAAAUACUCGAAGGCAACGACACUGUGCAUGAUGCAAAUGGCGCAGCAAUGUUUGUUGUGGAUAUACACGACACACCUUCCCUUGAGCCCUUUCCGUUUGAUGCAGAUGGAGAAGAUUUUGAGCAUUCCUUAUAAAGGAAAGGGACACAGUGCCUUCGCCACCAAGGAAGAGGCUGACGAAGAGGUGCUUGAAGUUCUGAACAUUUACUCUCGCGUCUACGAAGAUCUUCUUUCUGUUCCUGUGAUAAAAGGUCGAAAGUGCGACAAGGAGAAGUUUGCUGGUGCGGAUUACACCACAAGCGUCGAGGCUUUUAUACCAACAACUGGUCGUGGUGUACAAGCUGCGACCUCACAUUGUUUAGGACAGAACUUUGCGAAGAUGUUUGAAAUCGCCUUUGAAGAUAAGGAAGUAAAAAGAGACAAGAAAGGCAAAAUAAUAAAGCCAAUGGUGUGGCAGAACUCGUGGGGUUUAAGUACAAGAUCGAUAGGAGUGAUGGCUAUGACACAUGGAGAUGAAAAAGGGUUGGUGUUACCUCCAAAAGUGGCACGUUAUCAAGUAGUUGUGGUCCCUGUCCCUUUCAAAGGUGUUGAUACCAAAAGGAUCUCUCAAGAGUGUCAAGCUGUUAAAACCGCCUUGCAAGGUGCUGGAGUCCGUGCUUUAGUAGAUGAGCGAGCCAACUAUGCUUGUGGCUGGAAGUAUGCAGACUGGGAGAUGAAAGGUGUUCCUUUGAGAAUCGAACUCGGUCCUAGAGAUUUGGAAAAGAAUCAGGUGAGAGUGGUGAGGCGCGACACUGGAGCGAAGAUGGAUGUGUUGAGAGUGGACUUGGUUGAGAAAGUCAAGGACUUGUUGGAAGUAAUACAGAGAGACAUCUAUGAUGUGGCUAAGAGAAAGCUUGAAGAAUGCAUUCAAAAAGUUGAAACUUGGGAUGAGUUCAAGGAAGCUCUGAGACUGAAGAAGCUGGUUUUAGCUCCAUGGUGUGAUGAAAUUGAAGUGGAGAAUGAUGUGAAAGAGAAUACUAAGGGUGAAAACGAAGCAGGAGCUAAGACUCUAUGUACUCCCUUUGAUCAGCCUGAACUAAGAGAAAACACUCUGUGCUUUGCAUCAGGAAAACCAGCCAAGAAGUGGACCUAUUGGGGAAGAAGUUACUAAGCUAUGUUUAGGAUUCA